GGCUCACUUGUCGCCAGUUGUGGUGUCCAGAAGCGUCGCCGCCGACGCAGAUCCACACACCGCUGCUAGACUCGGGGGCGCCGCGUCUGCAGACUAAGAUUGGCCAUGAGCGAGACAGGCGAUGACGAGAGGAAAGUAGCCGAUGGCCGGUUGGUGCCAGUGCCGCUCGUGUCAGCGCCGUCCGGAGCGGGGCUUGCACUCCCGAGUUCCCCUUGCGGCGGCCGGCGAAAUAUUCAAAGCGGUCGGAAGAAGUCAUUCGCGAAUUCGCCUGAGGCCCCACACGCAAGCAACUCGCUACAAACCACACCAAAACGUCCGCCGUCAUGAACAGCAUGUCACCGUUUCCCGUGUGCGUCACGGCGCCCAGCACCUUCAGCGUCGCGCACCCACUGCACUGCGGCCGGGCGGCCAUCCGUCAACGACACUCGUGCCCCAAUGUGACCAUCAACCCCUUCUCGACCACGACGCCCACUGCGUCUCCGUCGCAACUGGCCUCUCCAACCGUGACCUACAGCAAGGAUCGUGCACUGCCGGUUGUCAGUCCCAACAAGAAAGCGCGCAAGAGUCGCGUCGUCUUUGACUUCACCACCGAGGAGAUGGCCAAGUACUUCCAUAUGUCGCAACGCGAGGCCGCGCAGCAGCUCGGCGUCGCCACGGUCACCGUCAAGCGCAACUGCCGGCGCCUCGGUAUCGUCUGGCCCUACCGCCUUAUGAAGUCCAAGAAGAACGCUAUCAACUGGUCGGCCAUCUCGCGCGAGGACGCACAGCGUAUCCGUCAGGAGCGCGCGCUGGAGCGUGCCAAAGCCGGUCGCUCACCCUCAGGUCGCGGCCGCAGUCGGUCUCUAUCGAGCACCCGAUCGUCGGAUGCUUCCGACGAUGAGGCCGCCGCCAAGGUCAUGACUAUGCUCUGCAACAGCAGCAGCAGUGGCGUCGAACUCACAGAGGCCGGUCGUGCAUUCGCUCGGCUGCCACUUGACUGCAUGGACACCUCCGACUAGACUAUCCCAUGGUGUCCUCUCGUGAGUGACUUAAGUGUACUAUUAACCUACAUGUUAGAUGCGCAUGAAUCCAAUACAGUUACUGUCCUCGUUGAAUGAGGGCGAGAUUUCAACAACAACAUAUCGUAGUAAACUUCACAUGAGCUCUUCGACUGGAAAGGAUAAACCAACGAGGUGCGACCGUCCGGG